CAAGUUCAAGAACGCGGUAGUGGAAGAAAUUUGUGGAUUUCACCUCCUAGAUGUUUACAAUUUUCUAUUAAGACAUCAUUAAAAGAUAAUCCAGGAUUUGUAGUUUUUAUACAAUAUUUGUUAUCAUUGGCUGUCAUUAAAACUGUUAGGACAAAACAAGGCUAUGAGGACAUACUGUUAAAACUUAAAUGGCCGAAUGAUAUAUAUGCAGAAAUUUUUUCAGAAGAGUCUACAAAAUCUGAACUUGUUAAAAUUGGUAGCGUCCUUGUUAAUUCUAAUUUUGUUAAUGUCAUAGUCGCAG